AUGUUACCGUUACCUUUCUCGACGAGGUUUCAGCCGGGUUCCGGUACGGAAGUCUCUAACACUACAAGCUUUGCCAUUUCUGCGGAAAGAUACAACUCAAUAAUGCAUUCGUUAAAAAGAAAAAUGUUACCGUUACCUUUCUCGACGAGGUUUCUCCCGGGUUCCGGUACGGAAGUCUCUAACACUACAAGCUUUGCCAUUUCUGUGGAAAGAUACAACUCAAUAAUGCAUUCGUUAAAAAGAAAAAUGUUACCGUUACCUUUCUCCCGGGUUCCGGUACGGAAGUCUCUAACACUACAAGCUUUGCCAUUUCUGCGGAAAGAUACAACUCAAUAA